GCUCCCUCCACUUCAUCGCCUCCACCAGCUCAAUCGAUACAGAGCGUGGGUAGGGACUAGGGUCUCGAGCUAAGAGCGGAAGAAAGCCAUGGAGAACGGUCUUGGAAGCAGCUGCAUCGCCAACGACGAGAGGUGGUCUCUUGCCGGCGCAACAGCCGUGGUCACCGGCGGCACCAAAGGAAUCGGGUAUGCCAUAGUCGAGGAACUAGCUAGAUUCGGAGCAGCCAUCCACACCUGCUCCCGAAACGAAGCAGAGCUCAACAAGUGCUUGAAAGAAUGGGGGGCGAAGAACUUUAAGGUCACAGGCUCCGUCUGCGAUGUCUCGUCCCGAGAUGAUCGAGAGAAGCUAAUGGAGGACGUCAAGUCCACCUUCGGCGGAAAGCUCAGUAUCCUGGUCAACAACGCAGGGACGGGGUUUGUGAAGCCGAUGGUGGCCAUAACCCCUGACGAGUACAAGUUUAUGAUGAGCACCAACCUGGAGUCUGCGUUCCACCUGACCCAGCUCGCCCACCCCCUGCUCAAGGCAUCAGGAGCAGGCACCAUCGUCAACGUCUCCUCGCUCGCCGGCAUCGUCGGCAUUGACAACAUAACCAUCUACGGAGCAACUAAAGCGGCGCUGAACCAGCUCACCAGGAGCCUGGCCUGCGAGUGGGCGAAGGACAACAUCCGGACCAACUGCGUCGCGCCCGGCUCCGUUAGAACCCCUCUCAUGGAACCGUUGCUUGCGAUCGAGGAGUUCGUGGCGAAGGAGACGUACCGCAUCCCUCUCGGGCGCGUGGCCGAGUCGGAGGAGGUGUCAGCUGUGGUGGCUUUCUUGUGCCUCCCUGCUGCUUGCUACAUCAAUGGCCAAGUCAUCUGCGUCGACGGUGGUAAAUCUGUCAACGGCAACCUGUAAACCCAACCGGAAGCCACGGCGAUCUCCUCCAAAUAAAACCGUUUUUGUGGUUGGCCCGUUGGCUGCCGAGAUGCGUUUACCAUGGUUAUGUGAUACCUAAAUAGGUUCCCUGUGUUUUGUCUGCCUCUAUUAUGUGGUCAUCAUGUAUCGGUUGGAUUUAGUGUUAUAAUAAGUUAUCGGAGGAGCUCUAAGUUGACAAA